AUGGGUGACCCGUCGCCGACUGCCGGACGUUCAGGAAAAAGAUAUGUUGUUUUCGGUUGCAGCAACACCAACAAAUAUGGAGUUUCCCUUCAUUUCUUUCCAUUGAAGAACAAUGAUGUUUGUAGAAAGUGGACUUCAUUUGUAACAUCGAAAAGGAAGAACUGGGCCGGAGCCACCAAACAUUCAGUAAUUUGUUCGAAACAUUUCGACGAGUCCUGUUACCCGGCGAAGUAUAAGAUCAUGGAAAGUUUAUGCCAGUCAGUCCGAAGAAAGGACCUGCUUCCAGAUGCUGUUCCAUCUAUACACGCUUCAGAACCAAGCCCGAUGUCUAAUAUUACAGAGACGCCACCACCGCCAAAGACACAAAGAAUGGCUUUUACUAAGAGAGAAAAUGCUAGGCAUUUCCAAGCAACAGAACUGGUGGAGAUUGACCAUGAUGUUGACAAUGGUUCGAAAAAUACCAUGGUGUGCGGUAUGGAGAGUGACAACUCAACACCACAUGUAAGAAUUUGA